AUGUCAGAGACGUCCUCCCAUGACUCCUUCUAUGACUCCCUAUCAGACAUGCAGGAAGAGAGCAAGAAUGCUGACUUCUUCCCUGGGCUCUCUGCUUUUCUCAGCCAGGAAGAGAUCAACAAGAGCCUGGACCUGGCCCGGAGAGCCAUCGCCAACUCCGACACAGAAGACGUUGACUCGGAAAAGGAGAUCUCGCAGAUUUUCAGCACCUCCCCUGUGAACCUCUGCCAGCACCCUUGCCGCAAGGAGACCGGGUCACCGGGGGCGCCCACCUCCUCGGAGAGGCCUCGGGAUCCCAAGCCAGAGCAGCCGGAGGGGCUCUCCCCGCAGGGCUCCAAGAGGAAACCUGCCCUCUCGCCCCUGCUCGCCAGGCCCAGCUACAUCCGGAGCCUCCGAAAGGCUGAAAAGCGCGGGGCAGGCGGUGCCAGCGCUGCCAGCCCAGGUGGAAAGCCCAAGCCCGCUUAUCCCGGGGAGCCCGGCCCCCAGAGCCAGCUGUGCGACAAGGCGGCUAACUUCAUCGAGGAGCUGACAUCCAUCUUCCGAGAAGCGGCCAAGCCCAGAAACAGGAGCCCCAACGGGGAGUCCUCGUCCCCGGACAGCGGGUACCUGUCUCCCAAAAGCCAGCCGUCAGCCCUGAGGAGUGCCUCGGCCAGCCAGAGCCCCACCCAGGACCAGCAAGAGAUGGAAGCGGAGGGCAAGGUCCCCGAAGCCGCUGGGCACUGCUACCCCCUGGCAGACCGGGGCGAGGCUGGGCCGGGCAGCAGCAUCCCUCAGCCCCAGCCCCAGCCCCAGCCCCAGCCCCAGCCCCGGAGCACACCCCUCGGCUCCUCCUCGGCCCCUCGCUUCCUCCAGAAGCUGCGGAGCCAGGAGGUGGCUGAAGGAAGCCGAGUUUAUUUGGAGUGUCGAGUCUCGGGAAACCCACCGCCUCGAGUCAGAUGGUUCUGUGAGGGGAAGGAGCUGCACAACACUCCUGACAUCCAGAUCCGCUGUGAGGGCGGGGACCUGCACACCCUGGUCAUCGCAGAAGCCUUUGAGGAAGACACUGGUCGCUACACCUGUCUGGCCACGAACCCCAGCGGCUCAGACACAACAUCCGCCGAGGUGUUCAUUGAAGGUACCAGUUCAACAGAUUCUGACAGUGAAAGUUUAGCUUUCAUAUCGAAACCUGGAGCAAUGCCACAGGCUCAGAAGAAAACAACGUCCGUUUCCCUGACAAUAGGAUCCUCAUCUCCAAAGACAGGAGUGACCACAGCUGUGAUUCAGCCACUCUCUGUCCCUGUUCAGCAGGUUCACAGUCCAACCUCGUAUCUCUGCAGACCUGAUGGAACCACUUCUGCCUACUUUCCUCCUGUUUUUACAAAGGAACUGCAAAACAUAGCGGCCUCCGAGGGCCAGGUGGUGGUGCUGGAGUGCCGGGUGCGAGGAGCGCCCCCUCUGCAGGUCAAGUGGUUCCGACAAGGGAGUGAGAUCCAGGACUCUCCAGACUUCCGAAUUCUACAGAAAAAACCUCGAUCUACCGCUGAACCUGAGGAGAUCUGUACCCUCGUCAUCGCUGAGACUUUCCCUGAAGAUGCAGGGGUCUUUACCUGCUCAGCACGAAAUGACUAUGGCUCAGUAAGCAGCACUGCCCAGCUGGUGGUCACCGCAGCCAACACUGAGGACUGUCGCUAUGACUCCAUGGGUGACUCCAACAGCGAUCCCUUCCAGCACUUUCCGCCUCCCCCUCCAAUCUUCGAGACCAGUCCCUUUGAGUUGGCUCCAAAGAAACCAGCCGAGAUCCAGCAGGUGAACAGCCCGGAGUUAGGCCGGGGCAUGGCAGCCCUACACAUGCAAUUCAGUUCUGCAGACAGGGAAACGAACGGAGUGCACCCCGGCCACGGAGUCAACGGACUGAUUAACGGCAAUAAAUCUCCCCCGGCACCAGCUGUCCUGCUCUCACCCACCAAGGAGCCUCCACCUCUGCUUGCCAAGCCGAAACUGGACCCUCUGAAGCUCCAGCAGCUGCAGAACCAGAUCCGCCUGGAGCAGGAGGCCAGCCGGGCGGCCGGCUCCCCGCGCAGCGCGCCGCCCUCGCCUCCGCCUCCGCCACCGCCGCCGCCCGCCCUGCCCGCGCCCGCGGCCCGCGCGCCGCCCGCCGCCCCGGAGCCCAUGAGCGCGCUGGCCCCGCGCGCCGCGCCCGCCAUGCAGUCCUCCGGCUCCUUCAACUACGCGCGCCCCAAGCAGUUCAUCGCCGCCCAGAACCUGGGCCCCGCGUCCGGCCAGGGCACGCCGGCCUCCAGCCCCAGCUCCUCCAGCCUCCCGUCGCCCCUGUCCCCCACCCCGAAGCCCUUCGGCCGCGCGCCCGCGCCCCCCUUCGCGCAGCCCUUCGGCCCCGACGCCGAGGGCCCCUGGAGCCCGACCUCGCCGUCGCCCCCGCCGCCGCCGCCCCCGGCCUUCAGUCCCGGCGCGGCCUUCCCGGGCCCCGACGUGUUCCCGCUGCCGCCGCCGCCGCCGCCGCUGCCCAGCGCGGCCCACGGCGCCUCCCCCGCCGCCCGCUUCGGCCCCGGCCACUCGCCCGCCGCCUUCCUGAGCUCCAUGCUGCCCUCGCAGCCGCCGCCCGUCGCCGUCAACGCCCUGGGCCUGCCCAAGGGCGUCACCCCCGCGGGAUUUCCAAAGAAGGCCAGCAGAACUGCUCGAAUAGCCUCUGAUGAGGAGAUCCAGGGCACCAAGGACGCUGUCAUUCAAGACCUGGAACGAAAACUGCGCUUCAAGGAGGACCUCCUGAACAACGGCCAGCCGAAAUUAACAUAUGAGGAAAGAAUGGCCCGUCGAUUACUAGGUGCUGAUAGUGCAACUGUCUUUAACAUUCAGGAGCCAGAAGAGGAAACAGCACAUCAGGAAUACAAAGUCUCCAGCUGUGAGCAGAGACUCAUCAGUGAAAUCGAGUACAGGCUGGAAAGGUCUCCUGUGGAUGAUUCAGGCGAUGAAGUCCACUAUGGGGAUGUGCCUGUGGAAAACGGAGUGGCACCAUGCUUCGAGAUGAAGCUGAAACAUUACAAGAUCUACGAGGGAAUGCCCGUAACUUUCACAUGCAGGGUGACUGGGAAUCCAAAGCCAAAGAUCUACUGGUUUAAAGAUGGAAAGCAGAUCUCUCCCAAGAAUGACCACUACAUCAUUCAAAGAGAUCUUGAUGGGACAUGCUCUCUCUACACCACAGCCUCCACCCUAGAUGAUGAUGGGAACUACACCAUUAUGGCUGCAAACCCUCAGGGCCGCGUCAGCUGUACUGGACGGCUAAUGGUGCAGGCUGUCAACCAGAGAGGCCGCAGUCCCCGCUCUCCCUCGGGCCUUCCUCAUGCCAGAAGGCCUCGUUCUAGAUCCAGGGACAGUGGAGAUGAAAACGAACCCAUCCAGGAGCGGUUCUUCAGACCUCACUUCCUGCAGGCUCCUGGAAACCUGACUGUGCAAGAAGGAAAACUCUGCAGAAUGGACUGCAAAGUCAGUGGGUUACCAACCCCAGAUCUAAGCUGGCAACUAGAUGGAAAGCCAGUCCGCCCCGACAGCGCUCACAAGAUGCUUGUGCGAGAGAACGGGGUGCACUCCCUCAUCAUAGAGCCCGUCACAUCGCGAGAUGCCGGCAUCUACACGUGUAUAGCCACCAACCGAGCAGGACAGAACUCGUUCAGCCUGGAGCUUGUGGUUGCGGCUAAAGAGGCACACAAACCCCCCGUGUUCAUCGAGAAGCUGCAGAACACCGGCGUUGCUGACGGGUACCCGGUGAGACUGGAAUGCCGUGUCUCAGGAGUGCCACCACCUCAGAUAUUUUGGAAGAAAGAAAACGAAUCCCUCACUCACAGCACUGACCGAGUGAGCAUGCACCAGGACAGUCAUGGCUACAUCUGCCUGCUCAUUCAGGGAGCCACAAAAGAAGAUGCCGGGUGGUACACCGUGUCAGCCAAGAACGAAGCCGGGAUUGUGUCCUGCACCGCCAGGCUGGACGUUUACACCCAGUGGCAUCAGCAGCCACAGAGCACCAAGCCAAAGAAAGUACGCCCCUCAGCCAGUCGCUACGCAGCGCUCUCGGACCAGGGACUAGACAUCAAAGCGGCCUUCCAGCCUGACGCCAGCCCAUCUCACCUGACGCUGAACGCCGGCCUGGUGGAGAGUGAGGACCUGUAA